UUACAAUUAUUUCAGAAAGCACCUCCUCUAAUCCUAGAGGGUUUAGAACCUGAAGCAUACUAUGAGUUUUACGUGGUAUCGGUGAACUCCUACGGCAAAAGUGAACCUUCACCUCGUUUAAUAACUCGAACACAACCAGCUAAGAUUGAAGAAGAAACUGAAAGUCCUUAUAAUAUGACAACAUGCUGCAAAGCUUCUGGCCUAUUACCACAAUGUGCACCCCUGUGUAGCUAUAAUAUUCGCAUGUCUGAUAUAGAAAAAUUGGGCCCAGCGUGCAGAGCUCAAAUGCCUGUAAUUGCUCGCUGCGCCGCUGGUGGUCGCGAUCAUACACCUUGCUGCAAUCGACGCGGUGUCAUACCGGCCUGCCUGACACUCUGCCGCGGCGUUAUGCCCGUAACAACUUCAGCAACGGCCUUGCCAGAUUGUUUAUCUUACGCUGGCAACAUACUUCAGUGCCUCGAAGAAGGCACUAGAUUUAUACCCGCACCCGUUGAAGAUGUGCACACCACUGCGAUUACGAAUUCAAGCAUUACUCUGGCUUGGGUAGCACCAAAGUUCGAGGGCGGCAACACGUCAAGCAAUCCAACAGAAAUAGCAGAGCCAACAGCAGCAACUGGUGAAUCUGAUGCAACCGUACUGGAAGAGCAUGUUGACACUGAUUAUGCAGACAACAAAGAAGACGAUGCAACUAUGUCGUCAUCCUCUUCGACAGCAACGUCGACAUCGACAACGUCGCCAAUUGCAGAUAUUGAUUUUAUUGUGCAAUAUGGUAAAGUCAAUAACAUGACCAUGUAUGAGACCGUAGCUAAGCUGGAAAAUGAAUUGACCACCAACGAGACGAGCAUCGAUUUGACAAAUUUGGAGCCGCACGCAUUGUACCGCAUCAUGGUGGUGGCGCGUGGAAAAUUUGGCACAUCAUUACCAUCUUCAAUGCUGCUGAUCAAUACAACCGAGAAAGCUGAGGAUAGAGUAAAAGAUAUUUAUGGUGCACCAUCACCGCCACAUUCCUUGGCAGUUAUAGCGCAAAGUGCUACUUGGAUGCAGCUUACUUGGCAACCACCUGAGUAUUCGCAUCCACAUGAAAAAAUCUCUUACAGAGUCUAUCACAAGCCCAUGAAAGCGGAAAAAUUCUUUCAAAUUGAAACGAAAGUUGCAUUCUUACGCAUGAACAAUUUGAAACCGAGCUCUCAACACAUACUCUAUGUGGAAGCAAUUGGUGAGAAGGCGACGUCAUUACCUUCAGAAACGUUAGUUGCAUGGACCGAUCCGGCAUUACCAGCUUUUGUCGAUCCACCGACAGUGCAUCCGGCAGAUAAUGUAGCUGAAGGCGGUUCAAUGACAAUUUUAUGCUUAGCUUUGGGUAAUCCAGCGCCUACGAUAUCAUUGUACGUGGGUGGACAUUUAGUGCGUCAGGACACUUCCAGGCAUAUGGUUACUGUAAUCCACAAUGUCACCGCCGACAUGGAACAUGUGUCCUGCUAUGCUGAUAACGGUUACGGCGUGCCAAUGCAGGCAACCAGACGUGUUAACAUUUGCUAUCCACCAAAAAUACAAGCAGCGAGCGUUACCGUUGCUGCUGUUGAUGAUGAAGUAGUUCUGCGUUGUAUGGUCAAUUCGAAUCCGGAACCUAAAACAAUUUUCUGGCGAGAUCAUGACGGACGUAUUCCUGUAAUACAAGGCGGCAAUUAUGACAUAUCAAUGAAAACUAACGAAUCACGUCCUACGCUCUACACAAUGACGUUGCGCAUUAAUAAAUUGCAAGCGACUGAUGUUGGUGAUUAUUUCUGUCAUGCUGAGAAUCCUUUCGGUGCAUCGACAAUACCUGUUUCGGUGCGUAUACGCAACACUCCGCCCCUGCAUCAGAACGUUUCGGAAUGUUGUGCUCAAAUGAAUGUAUCGCUACCGUGUCGCAAUGCGUGCAGCUACUAUGUUGACAUCGAUGCAAUUGCCGAUAGGCCAGAGUGUAUUGUUGACUUUGAUAAGCUCAUGAAAUGUGCUGCCGAUGGCUCAGAUCAUCGGUCAUGUUGUGCGGAUGCUAAUGUGCCACGUAAAUGCCUAAAUUGGUGUCGAGGUGAAGCGGUGCGCUCGAAAGAAAUUUGCAGUCUGCAAUAUGCGCGCACCAUUGUUGGUUGCUUCGAGUCAAAUAGGGACCGUUUACCUGGCCCACCUGAGAACAUUGCGGUUAGUGUGGUUUCGGAAAGUGAAGUUGUCAUUAAAUGGGAUCCACCUUCAAAGAAUCCAAAUGUAGUCGAUGGAUAUAGAAUAUUCUAUCAUGAAUCAGCUUUAUUGCCGCAUGAUUCGGGCGAAUCAAAUUUGGAUUCUAUGGGAAAUGGCACCAGCAUGCCGAAUACAACGGAAAUACGUCGCAUAGAUGUUAAGGAUACUUCUGUUAAUAUAGAAGGUCUAAAGAAGGAUGUGCUCUACGAAUUAGUAGUAAAAGCUGGCAAUACUUUUGAUAUGAUCACUAUACUAUAUCCAAUUAUUUGUACUAAAAGCAACAAUGGCACUAAGCCACUUAUAUGUAAUAUAGUAUCUCCAGUCGAAGAAUUCUAA